AUGGAGUCGUUUUUUUUUCUCGUUUACCAUUCUUCUUCUUCUUCUUCUUCUUCUUCUUCUUCUUCUUCUUCUUCUUCUUCUUCUUCUUCUUCUUCAUUCCAUUCCUUAUUUACGUUCUUCUAUACAUUGUUCCUUCUUUUUUCCUAUUUUUAUAUUUCGUUUUUUUUUCUUUUAUUCUUCUUCCUUUUAUUUGCUGACGUCUGCCUUCUAAUAGUUUCGACGUAUUCAAUUCAUGCUUCUGGCCAUUCAUUUGAUUAUACCUUUUCUCUUACCGUCAUUCUACCUCACUGUAUGUUAUUUAUUUAUUUAUUUAUUGGUGGCUUUUCUACAUCGGUGCUUUUGCUUUUAAUAUUCUUUCUGUUGAACUUACACAUUCUUUCUACUUACAAUUAUUUUCUUUUUCUUCUGUCUUCCUUUCUAUUUGCUUCCGAGUUUCUUUCUUUCUCUGUGCUCUCAUUUUCGUACCAUCAUUUUUGUCUUUCUAUUGAUACCCAUUUACUUUCUUUCUUUCUACUGACGCACAAUUUCUUUCUUUCUUUCUCUCUUUCUUUCUUUCUUUCUUUCUUUCUUUCUUUCUUUCUUUCUUUCUCCGUGCCUUGCUUUCUUUCUUUCUCCGUGCCUUGCUUUCUUUCUCCGUGCCUUGCUUUCUUUCUUUCUUUCUUUCUUUCUUUCUUUCUUUCUUUUUCUUUCUUUCUUUCUCCGUGCCUUGCUUUCUUUCUUUCUCCGUGCCUUGCUUUCUUUCUCCGUGCCUUGCUUUCUUUCUUUCUUUCUUUCUUUCUUUCUUUCUUUCUUUCUUUCUCCGUUUGCUUUCUUUCUCCGUGCCUUUCUUUCUUUCUUUCUUUCUUUCUUUCUUUCUUUCUUUCUUUCUUUCUUUCUCCGUGCCUUGCUUUCUUUCUCCGUGCCUUGCUUUCUUUCUCCGUGCCUUUCUUUCUUUCUUUCUUUCUUUCUUUCUUUCUUUCUUUCUUUCUUUCUUUCUUUCUCCUUGCCUUGCUUUCUUUCUCCGUGCCUUGCUUUCUUUCUUUCUUUCUUUCUUUCUUUCUUUCUUUCUUUCUUUCUUUCUUUCUCCGUGCCUUGCUUUCUUUCUUUCUCCGUGCCUCCGUGCCUUGCUUUCUUUCUCCGUGCCUUGCUUUCUUUCUUUCUUUCUUUCUUUCUUUCUUUCUUUCUUUCUUUCUUUCUUUCUUUCUUUCUUUCUCCGUGCCUUGCUUUCUUUCUCCGUGCCUUGCUUUCUUUCUUUCUUUCUUUCUUUCUUUCUUUCUUUCUUUCUUUCUUUCUUUCUUUUUUCUUUCUUUCUCCGUGCCUUGCUUUCUUUCUUUCUUUCUUUCUUUUCUUUCUUUCUUUCUUUCUCCGUGCCUUCUUUCUUUCUUUCUUUCUUUCUUUCUUUCUUUCUUUCUUUCUUUCUUUCUUUUCUUUCUUUCUUUCUCCGUGCCUUGCUUUCUUUCAAUUUGCAUUUAA